CGCACCACAUUCAGUUUGUGGAGCGCAACAAGAGGAGGAUGCUUUUCACACACGUGGGUCAUCUGCUGCACAUAGACUUACCUUUCCAUAAAGGAUGACACAUAUGGACGGCUGUGAUUCUCUGGAGAGCUUACAAACCACAUCUGGAGACAUGCUGGAAUUCAAUUUUUCCAAAUUGCGCGAAGGCAAUAACACCACACAGAAGAACUCCAGCUGUGGAUCCGUAUCGGUCUGUUUCUCCAUCACCAUGAUGAUCACCGGCAUGGUGGGCAACUCCUUAGCUCUCAUUCUGGUGUAUAUCAGUUACAAAAAGAAGGAGAAUAAAAGGAAAAAGUCCUUCUUGCUUUGCAUCGGAUCUCUGGCGUUAACAGACCUGUUUGGACAGCUUUUAACGAGUCCCAUAGUGAUUUCAGUGUACCAGGCUGAUAUGAAAUGGGAGCUCAUCGACUCAUCCGGCAGAUUGUGCGCUUUUUUCGGUGUUUGCAUGACAACUUUUGGAUUGUGCUCUCUCUUCUUGGCCAGCGCAAUGGCAAUAGAGAGAGCCAUGGCGAUAACGAACCCACACUGGUACUCCAAUCACAUGAAGACGAGUGUGACCAAGCAGACUUUGGCUGCCAUUUGGUGUCUGGUGUUGCUCUUUGCGCUGCUGCCCGUCGCAGGUGUGGGUGAAUAUACGCGCCAGUGGCCGGGCACAUGGUGCUUCAUCAGCACUGGCUACAAGGCUGCCAAUGGCAGUGUGUUUUUUGCCAUCACUUUCGCUGUUCUUGGGAUUUUCUCUCUGCUUGUUACACUUUCCUGCAACGUGUUGACGAUCCGAGGCUUGGUUAUCCGGUGCAAAACAAAGUCUGGCACGUCUCAGUCCUCCAAGCAGUGGGAACGGCUCACCACGGAGACUGUCAUUCAGCUGUUAGGCAUUAUGUGCGUCCUCCUUAUAUGCUGGUCUCCUCUGCUGGUGCUGAUGCUGAGGAUGAUCUCCAACCAGGUGUCCUCCCACGAUUGCAACUCAACAUUGUUGACCUCCAAUCACACCUCUAGCCGGGACGUCCAGUUAGACUGCAACUUUUUUCUGACUGCGAUCCGCUUGGCCUCCCUCAACCAGAUCCUGGACCCGUGGGUCUAUCUGCUCUUCAGGGAGAUCCUCCUCCGCAAGGUCUGCAUCAUGGCUAACGCCGUGUCCAACUGCUCUUUAGACGAACAGAAGGAGACCCAGACGGCGUUGGAUGCCCUGAACCAGAAGAAGCAAGAGAGCAUCAAGAAUCCUAAUUCACAAUGUGGCUAAGUCGACCUUUGACAGGAAGCCGGGACAGAGACGGAUGUGAAAGUGGAUACACUAUUGUCAUGGAUGUGUUGCGAAAAACACGGGGACAAAAAUGUUCCCCCACGUCCUCCACAGAGGGAUAUGGUGCAACGGGAGACAAGAGAGAUCUCAGUUGCAAUCUUAAUAAGAAUCAGCCAAGUCUGCUCUGGGUGCAUUUGUUUUGCUUAAAACAAAUUCCAGUUAAAGUCACCUGACCAGCAUGUGGUUGCAUGACCGUGUCACUUUCUGCAUUUGGCUGCAGCGUGGGAGCUGGGAACUCCUUCAUUGCCAGUUCUCAGUUUUGGUAUCAUCUCCCAGGCCCAAGAACUGAAUAUGGGUGACUCCUAAGUGACUUCAAUGGAAGGGAUUUAUCUCAUGCUCUUUUUUAGUUUCUGAACUGAGUCAUUGCUUUCAACAACUUGAAGCCAUAAACCAGCUAAAGGACAAGUGUGUUUUUUCUUUUUGUGAAUGUCUGUAAAUUAAGAAAGAAACUGUAAAUGUGCUUAUAUUAAGUUGUAAAUACCGUUGCCAUAUCUUACAUGAAAUGUAACCACGGUGGCCAUUCAGAAAAAGAAUGCAAGUCCUAAACUGGAGUCAAAUGAUGAUUGUAAGGUUAUUUAUUAGUGUUUGCAUUGAUAUGAAGUUAGUUGUUUCUGCGCUGAAUGCUGAUGAUGCUACCUGCCGGGUAUCAGUUGUUGUAAAUUUUAUAAUAUACCGUAUGUUGCAUUCCUCGGCGAGCAGCCAGGACUAUGAAAUGUGAAGCAUUUCGUUUGUUGCCACUUUCCCUCCUGAAUAUGAAUGCACUGGUAUGUUGUUUAAUUAUUUUCUCAGCAAUCUUCUUUUCAGAAAUAGCUUCAAGGCUGCUCUUAUGAACGAAGUGUGUGAGGGAAAGCGCUGUAGAUUUGUGUUGUUCGAUAUUAUGAGAUGAUGGAUGACAGGGUGGCCUGAUGCUGUAGUUACAAGGUGCCAUUGAGCACUCCCUGCGUAUUUCAUCAGAUUAAAAGUAUUCUUGUUUUGUAAGUGCA